UUUGGCGUUGCCACUCCGCUGCCACACGUGUUGAGCGGAUAAACAAAUUGUUAAAUUCGAGCGAGCUAACAAUUCCAAACCCAGACCGAAAAUAAUCAUGCCGCCCGAUAUCGAGAUUAUAGUGGGCACAUACGAGGAGUACCUGCUGGGCUACCAGUUGAUUGAAUCAACUGCGGAAGGCAGCUCGUCGAAACUCCAACUAAAACAGACAUUUGCCGACAGAUCGCAUGCAGGAUCCAUCAAAUCGGUGGCUGUGCAAGGACCCUGGGUUGCCAGUGGUGGCACCGACGACAGGAUCUUCGUGUACGACAUGCGCACGAGGAAACAAUCACAGAUUAUACUAUCCCACGCGGGCACGAUUAACACCCUGCAAUUCUCGCCCGAUUUGACGCACUUGCUCUCCGGCGGCGCCGAUGGCCACAUGAUCGCUACCCGCGUAGGAAGCUGGAGCACCGAGGGCGAUUGGAAGAAGGCUCAUGCCGGCCGACCAGUCACGCACAUUAGCUGCCAUCCCAGCAGCAAGCUGGCGUUGUCUUUGGGCGGCGACCAGGUGCUGAACACCUGGAAUCUGGUCAAGGGACGCAUGGCCUACAAGACCAAUCUGAAGGGCAAAACGACGCUGGGCAGCCAGCCGGACUGCCUGUCCUGGUCCACCCAGGGUGAGUACUUCACCCUCAGCGGACCACUCUUCCUCGAGAUCUGGGACAUCAAGAGCGCCCAUGUGAUGCGUCGCACCAAGAUGCCAGCGAAGCCCAUCUGCGUCACCUGGCUGAGUGGAAGCGAGUGCCUCGUCGGUCUGGAGAACGGCAGCGUUGCCUGGAUAUCGGCCAACGAUGAGGAGGAUACUCCACCAACUUUCAUUUCUGCACACGAAGCAAGGGUCAAGUCAAUUGCCUUUCUGAAGGAAACACUGGCCACCGUAUCCAGCGCUGGCGAAAUUAAAGUCUGGACGCCCAACAUUGAGAAACGCACGCUAAAGGAGAUUGCAAGCACCAACAUGGACUGUCGACCCACCGGACUGGGUUUGCUGGAUCUCAGCCAGUUCGGCAAUGCCCGUCCGGUGGAGCAGCUUAUCAAGGUGGAGAAAAAACCAAAGGCCAAGGGGGAAUCCGGACAAUCUGCCAUCCCUCCAGCACCACGAGGAUUCGUGACCAUUGAAUACGAGCAGGAUGAGAAGCAGGAGGUCGAGGAGGAGUCAGUAGCCACUCCCAAGCCCAAGCAAAAGAAAAACAAAGAGAAGGGGAAGGCAAAGAAGGCGGCCCCGAAACCUGAGGAAUCCUCCGAAGAGAGCAACUCGGAGGAGGAGGACAGCGAGGACAUCUUCGACAGCGACAGUGACGAGUCCAGUGAUGGAGGCCACCGAAGGAAAAGGCCGCAAAAGCGUAAACAGCCACCCGCUUCCGCCUCCAAGCAAAAAUUCAAACAGCAGAAAAAGAAAUAAUUCUGUAUGCUAUAAUCUAGACUAUGUUACGACUGUCAAUAAACUUGAGUUUAAUAUAGAAAUAUA